AACAUAUAUAAUGUAUAUAAAUUUAUAUUGAAAAAAAUUUACGUCUUUAUAUUACUAUUUACGUGUACGUUUAAAACGAAUAUUUUUUAAAUAUAAUACGCAUACAAAGUAAACUAAUAUUUUUAAUACGAAGCGUUUGAUUGGUUGAUUUGAAUUUCGGAAGCCUAUAAGUUUUCACGUAUAUAAAUUAUGUUGAUCGUCUUUUUUCUUUCCGAAGGUCACUUUAAUAAUUUACGUUUAACUUGAAAUGGUAACAAAUGUUUCAUCAAAUAAACAAAAAUUGCGUGAGAUGGAUAUGCUACGUUUACGAAAUAAAGUUUGCUGUAUAUCAAUAUCAAAGCUCGAGUUUGAAGGCUUUGUUUAGAGAGGAAAAAAGCAGGAGUGGCGGGGGUAGAGAGGACGGUUUGGUAGUUUCAGCCAUGACAACUGAACGAACGGUAUGCAGAUACGAAGUUGGGGGUAAAUCGGGAAGCCGUACCGUAUAGAGAACGUAGUGAUCGUAGUCACUCCGAACAGUCAACGACAUUGUGAUACGACCGAAGUAACGGAGAACGGAGCAAGGUAGAUCAAGAUGAGCGCCCUGCAAUCAUGUAUAAACCUUUUAAUCAUACAUCUCGUAUCGAUCGAGGCGAUCGGUGUUGGCCAAGCAUGGCGAAUAUCGCCUUACUCAAAGUCCGAUUAUUUCUUAGAACAUCCAUCUUGGCCUCGAUUGGAUUCAUCUGCUUUCGAAGUACGCACUGUUAGCGGUGUGGGUCGUUUGAUACCUUUGAACGAUUUACGAAAUCUUCCUAAUAAUCAAAUAAUCGAUAAGAUCGAGAACGUCGAACCGAAUUCUUUGUCCGAUCAAGAAAAUAUCGAACGUGAUUCAAGAGAGAUGUCACCGUACCAAAAUGAUCUGACAAAGAGAAUAAAUGUUAAUACCAAGAAGGAUUUAUCGAUCGAUGAAAAGACGGACGAGAGUUCGACGUAUCCGCAAAAAAUUUUCAAAACGAAAGUUUCCAUGAGAGUAUUCCCGAUCGACAUUUGGGAACAAUCGUUGAAAAGCGAUAAGAAAAUCGAUAAAUCGAAAGAUAUUAAUCAUCGCGUACGUCGUGAAACGGACAACGAUACUAACAUGGAAAAAAUCGGUAGUACGUUGACGCUUCGUGAGGCACGAUUGGCUUCACCGGAAACAUGGUCGAAACAGCCACUAUCCGUUGAGUUUCGACAUCGAUCGAAUUUCGAACAACAGCCCCUUAGGGAUCAGAACGAUGACGCUGAUGAGUCAUCGAUCGGCUUAAGAAAUUAUCACGGUCCAAGAGCCGAUUUCGUAACGAGUCAUUACCGUCGUGGUUAUCCGGACAAUCGUGAAUCUCGUGAUACGUUUUUUUCUAAAACGUAUGACGACCUUGAUCUACCUUGGUAUAGAAAUAUGAUAAGAGAGAGGGAUUACGAUGUACCACCAUUACGUCGGCCAUAUUCGGAAUAUUAUCGAGCAUAUCCCGAACGAAAUUAUAGAAUGGAAAGGGAUUAUUACAUGCGUGUACCGAACAACGAGCAUUCUUAUUAUUACGAUCGUUACAGGGACGAGGAUAUCGAUCUUUACGGUAGAACAAGGACCGCACCGAAACCUAAGAGAAUCAUUUAUUACGCUACUUUGCCGGAGAUCGUAAGGAAGCCUGUUGAUCUUAGAAAUUAUCCUCGAACGGCAUACGAUGGUGGAUUGACCAGGACAACCGUAACACGUGGUGGUACAUUCGAACGUGUUCCCGGUAACGUAGAUCCCAGCAGGUAUCGCUAUCGACAUCUCUACGAUGGUUAUGAUUCUUACACAAAGAGAUCGAGCUUUUACGAUCGUCCUUACGUUGGAUAUAGGGAUGACGAGGAGCGUAGAAAGGGUUCGAUGAAGGAGAACUUAAAUGAGAGCGAUUCUGGAUAUGAAGGCAGUAACGAUAGGAGCAACGUGGUCAAUCAGAUUCAAAACAGGGACGACGGGAAUAACAAGUUACCCUGGCCCGUGCAAAUUGGUACCGAAGUUAGCGUCAAGGACGACGAGAGGAUUCAUGGGAGAAAGAUUUUCGGAGAGACAAUAGGCUUCGAAAGACUUCAAAAUGCACCUGAUCCUGUCGCAACCAGCGAACCUACUGGAAAGAAUACCAAUUGAGACUUUUUUUUCCUUCUCUCUCUCUCUCUCUCUCUCUCUCUCUCUCUCUCUCUCUCUUUCUCUCUCUCUCUCUCUUUUCACGUGAAAUGUGUUUUAUUCUUAUUCGAAAACGAUAUGACUUUUUUUAUAAUGUCAUCCUUGGUCGAAAGAUCUUAGUAAUAAGUGUACUUGCUAGUACAGUGGAAUUUAUUAUUAAUUUAUUAUUAAUUUUCAUAAAAAUCUUCAUUUCUUAUUUAUAUAUUUUAUUAUCUAUAAAAGAGUUUAUUAUAAUAAUUUUUUAUUAUUAUAAUUAAUUUUGUUAUUAAUUUCCACUUGCUGGUACAGUGGAAUCUUCAUUAUUCUUACGUUUAUUAUUUAUAUGUUUUAAUUGUCUAUGAAAUAAUUUUAUUAUACGUUUAAUAUUAAUUUCGUUCAUUUCGAAAUCUUUUUCAAAUCUUGUUGUCAACUGAAUUGGUUUGUUUUUUAUAUUAAUAUAAGUUUGUUAAUUAAUUUGGACAAUGAAGAUUCUACGAUAUCAUGUUCGCACUCUCUCUCUCUCUCUCUCUCUC